ACUGGCGCUGCCGCCGCGUGGGAUCCUGGGAGUUGUAGGCACAUGGCCCUUGUGCGGAGUGUAGUUUCCGGAAUCACUUCCGCGUGCCAGCUUCCGCGUGACUGUAUAAACGUCCCGUCCCCGACUUCUGGCUAGGAGGAGCUGCUGCAGCCAGGACCCCGCGAUGCCAGCUCCGCAGUGCGCCUCCUGCCAGCAGGCACGCGCCGCCCUGCGCCGCCCGCGCUCGGGGCAGGCGCUGUGCAGCGGCUGCUUCUGCACCGCCUUUGAGGCCGAGGUGCUGCACACGGUGACCAAGGGCCAGCUGCUGCCCGCCGGCGCCGUGGUGGCCGUGGGCGCGUCGGGGGGCAAGGACUCCACCGUUCUGGCGCACGUGCUGCGCGAGCUGGCGCCGAGGCUGGGCAUCACGCUGCAGCUGGUGGCGGUGGACGAGGGCAUCGGCGGCUACCGGGACGCGGCGCUGGCGGCCGUCCGCGAGCAGGCGGCGCUCUGGGAGCUGCCGCUCACCGUCGUGGCCUACGCGGACCUGUUCGGGGGCUGGACCAUGGACGACGUGGCCCGCAGCACGGCCGGCACCGGCCGCAGCCGCGCCUGCUGCACCUUCUGCGGGGUGCUGCGGCGCAGGGCGCUGGAGGAGGGGGCACGCCGCGUGGGAGCCACACACAUCGUGACCGGUCACAACGCAGACGACAUGGCCGAGACAGUGCUCAUGAACUUCCUGCGCGGGGACACGGGGCGGCUGGCCCGCGGCGGGGUGCUGGGCUCCCCUGGCGAGGGGGGCGCCCUGCCGCGCUGCCGGCCCCUGCAGCUGGCCUCGCAGAAGGAGGUGGUGCUGUACGCGCAUUUCCGCCGCCUGCGCUACUUCUCCGAGGAGUGCGUGUACGCGCCCGAGGCCUUCCGCGGCCACGCGCGCCGCCUGCUCAAGAUGCUGGAGGCCGCGCGGCCAUCGGCGGUGCUGGACCUGGUGCACUCGGCCGAGCGCCUGGCGCUGGCCCCCGCCGCGCGCCCCCCGCCCCCCGGCGCCUGCACGCGCUGCGGGGCGCUGGCCAGCCGCGCGCUCUGCCAGGCCUGCGCCCUGCUGGACGGCCUCAACCGCGGCCGGCCCCGCCUGGCCAUCGGCAAGGGCCGUCGGGGGCUGGACGAGGAGGGGCUGCCCGAGCCAGAGCCCGAGUCCAAGCCCGAACCCAAGCCCGAGCCCGCCCUGGCCUCCCUGGCCCAGCUCACCUUCUAGGGGCCCCGGCGCGCACCUGCGAUGGGACGAGGGGACCCUGGACGUGGCCGUGGGAAUAGCUCGAAGGCGGGAGGGGACCCCACGGAAGCUGGAGCUUGGGAAGCACCCUUGGUCCUUCUGCACUGUUGCAUCAAGCUUCCAAUCUUGGGGUGUCCAAGCAACUUAAGCUUCGGCCACUGGGGGGAGCUGGACUUCAAGGAAUGUGUAAGCCUGGCCCCUUCCUGACCCAAGAGGGGACUGGGUAUUUGAAGUCACCCCCACUUACACAACUCCUGGCCGUCCUAGGCUGGUGGCCUCUUCAUCAGAAAUGCCCUGCUCAGAUUCUCCAGGGUCCUAGCAGUCCCCCGGAUUCUCCCCUCACCCAUCCAUCCUCCCAGCCCAGGGCUGAGAACUGCCCUCAUGUAAACACACCCAGGCCCACCUCCGAGGGAGGGCACUGCCAGGUGUCCUGCCUGCUGGUGGCAGGGGUGAUCAAGGGUUUGCCCAUUCGUUCAACACUUUUCUUUUCCUGGUACCAUCUCUGUUCCCAGCACUGGGACGUGCUUGGUGCUAGGAUCACAGCCCCUAGCAGACAAAAGCCCUGUCCCAGUGAAGUGAACAGACAGUAAGCAAAUAAAUAGAUCCUGUUUCUCGGUGGCAUCAAAUGAAAAGAAAGUAGAUUGGAGCCAGAGAUCGCUCAAAAACUCUAGCGGGCACUCUGCAGGCAGGAGGCCUGAGUUCCCAUCUGCACUCACAGUGGACUCCCAGCUCUGCUAGAAAUGAGGCGGGUGUGGGCGCACACACACACACACACACACACACACACACACACACACACACACACACACACGGAAGGAAGAGCAAGCUGAGGGGCAGGGCUCCAGAAGCAGGCAGAGAGCCAGUUCCUAGGGUCCAGGGCGGGGUCCAUCAGGCAGAGACCUGAGUGAAGCAGAGGCAGAAACGCAACAGGCCAUUUGGGAGGUGCUUAGGGAAAGCAAAAGUAGAAGUUUUGAGGGGAGCAGGUAAGACAGAAGCAAGACGAAUUUGACUAAAGAGCGAGUUACCAGAGAACCUGGGAACAAAGGGAAGGAUCCUGGGGGUUCCCUCCCCCACAAUCACUCCAGCUGCAGUGCCGAGACUGACCAGCAGGGGCGCAAGACCCCAGGGUUAGUGAGGUGAGGCUUUUACUGGGGACAGGUCUGGGUCUAUCCCCCCAGGGAGCCUAAUAGUGCCACGGGCCGGGCUCUCAUUCCCCGUGUUAUGAAGGAUGAACCUAGUGACUCGAAGGCUUGGAUUGGAGACUGCACAGCGAAAUGGCAGCAACAACAAAAACUGGCUCAGAGAGGUGCAGUGCCUUGCCCAGGAUCGCACAGCAGCACAACACCUUUGCCCUUCAGUUGUGCCAUCUGAGGUUGCAUUUUCUUUGAGACUUAGAACCAUACAGUAGGGAUCAAAAUUUAAAUAUUCCCAGUGGCCACUGAUCCCUUCCACAGUGGCCCUGGUUCAGUCCCAGCACCGCCACCUGGGGUCCCUCCUGAGCACAGGGCCAGGAUAAACCCUGAGUACCCCUGGUGGAAAAAGAAAAAAAAAAUCCCCUUAAAUUCUAAUAGCCAUAGAUGGGCAGGGGGGUGGAAAUGGUGGAUGAAAUUCUGGAUUCACACUCGUUUAUCCAAAAUGCCCUUGUUCUCGUAUGUAGUCAGUAUUAUUCUAGUAUGUAAUAAAUAUAUUAAGACAUUUUAA